UGCCGUGUGCUGACCGCUGAAGCGGCCGUGGCAGUCCGUCUCCACAUAAACCCGUGCACUUCCUCAUUUCCCAACGCCACAUUCCGCGAACCGGACCGAAUCCCGCUAGUGCCAGUACUACUACAAGUAGCGCUAUCGACCGCUAGUCUCGCAUCUACACAGCACAAGCACGACGCCGGCAGAAUCGGACAAUGGCGGCCGUGGCUAGGACGACGACGGCUAUGUCCAUCCUCGCGCUCGCGGCGCUAUUAGCCACCACCACCGUCCGCGUCGAUGGCGCCACGGCGGCCGCGCCGGCGCCGGCGCCGGCCGCGGACUGCACGGACGCGCUGCUGAGCCUGGCGGGGUGCCUGAGCUACGUGCAGGAGGGGAGCACGGUGGCGACGCCCGACCCGACCUGCUGCUCGGGGCUCAAGGACGUGGUGCGCAACGAGGUGGCCUGCCUCUGCCAGGUGUUCCAGGGCGGCCAGAACCUCGGCAUCUCCCUCAACAUGACCAAGGCCCUGCAGCUGCCCGCCGCGUGCAAGGUCAAGACGCCGCCCGUCAGCAAGUGCCACGUUGCUGUUCCUGGUGUGCCCAGCGCGUCUCCAGUUCCGGCUCCAUCUGCCGGAGCUGCCCCAUUCUUCGGGCAGUCGCCGCCGUCAGCAACCCCUUCGGAAUCACCGGCACCGGCAGGAACCGGGAGCGACUCCAACACUCCAGCUGCAGCUCCCUCCCCAGCGCGUUCUGGCGCGGCCAGCCUCUCGGCAUCAACGGCACAGACCACCUUGGCUGCAGCAGCUGUUGCCGCGACUCUGCUUGUGUACCGUGUUUUGUGAGCUGGGCUUACCUGUCAUGUUCAUUAGUCCGUGCACUCGUCUUACCCCUCUGUCUGACCACAGAUGAGAAGCGUAUAGCCCAUUAGCCCCUGUACCGAGAUGUAUCUUGUGAGAAUUCCCGUUCCGUUUUGCGCCACUUUUGAACGUGCAUUGUUCGUGGAUUUCAUUGCUACGCACAAUAAAUCAAUAACGUUACAAGUGA